AUGGCUCAUGGACAGCAGGAGUUACUGAAUAGACACGAGUUGUUGAGAGUGGACGGCGGCGAAUCACAUAUCCGUACUCCAAGAAAGUCACAAGAGCCAUCGCCGCAUACGAACGAGAUCGUAAAGGAGCCUCGUGUCGACCCUGCUCUCGUCCUCGUCACCAAAACGAAAGUUCGGGGCCUCGGAACCGCGUGUCCCAAGAAAUCUCGAGUUACCAGCUCUCAGCAUUGCACUACUGCGGGCGCUGCUCCGAGCUCUCCGCUCCGUCGCUUCCCCAGUUCCUCAUUAUCCCUUCGGACCGAAAGCAACAUUCUGGCAUUAACCCCCAGGUUGGAGAAGCAAGGCAAACCCGUUUGGGCGGCGCUCAUCAUGACCACGAUACAGCUACUGGAAGCCGGCAUGCCACGCAGAGCCACCCAGGAACGGACGCGCAAUCGCGGAGCCUUCGACAUACUCGCUGCUUUGGAUCCCGAACCAGACUCCUCUAAUUGGCUAGGCUACCCAUAUCGCCCACGGCGGUUUAUUGCCUGUCGCCGUGUAGAAGGGUCCGCACGCGAUGAAGUCCCUGACCCUGGUGCCUGGCAGGUGUCGGCCACAGGGACUUGGGUUCCAUUUCUCGAGCUAUUGUUCUGCCGCCUAGCUCUCGAAGAACUGACUAUCUUCAAGCGAUGA